CUGACUCUGCUCUAGUCUGGCCAUCUUGUACUGUGUAACUGAGACUCUUGCACGGUUUGCAUUUCACGCAGUUGCCCGAAGUCAAGAUCUGGCUCCUUGCAGAACCUGUGGAAGAUGUUUUGCACAAGAUGUCCUGCUGAGACAUGAUCCAAUAUGCAGGAAAGUCUUCAACAAGAAGCACAAGCCCUUCAGCUCUAUGAAGCAGAGGCUGCAGGGAACAGAAAUCAUGACCAUUAAGAAGCAGCACCCACAAAAGAAACAGCCAGAGAAGAAAUCUAAUUGGAGGCAGCACCAUGAGGAUUUUAUUAAUGCUAUUCAAUCAGCCAAGCAGGUCUCAAAAGCUCUGAAGGAGGGCCGCUCUCUUCCACCUCCUCUGCCACCAAGCAUCAACCCAGAUUAUAUUCAGUGUCCACACUGCUCACGAAGAUUUAAUGAAGCUGCAGCAGAGAGGCACAUAAAGUUCUGUGAAGAACAAGCCAUCUGCCAUGCGUUUGCUGCAAAGACCACCAGACCAGUGGGUAAGCGACCGGUGACUCAGAGGAAACCCCCAGCAGCUGCUGCAUUACCCCUUCAGAAGAGAGCACAAGAAGGUGCCAGUACAGACAAACCUAGGCCAGAUAGAAGUUCAUUCAGCCAUGUCUAUGUUUUUCUCAUAAGAAACUCUGAUAGACCUCUUCAGGAAUACUACAGAAACCCAGAAAAUCUUUGGGUGCAUCGACUGGACAGAAGUCUUCAGGAGCAUUUGGGUAAGAAAUUAUUUCUUUUUAUUAUUUCAACUUUAGAACAUAAAAGGACCUUUUGUGCUUCUGUGUAUGUACAACAUCUUGUUGAUAACGUACUUGAUAUGCUUGUUGAUAUACUUGUGUUUGCAGUAUGAACUUCUUUGUAUUAACUGAAGCAAUCAACUGCACUGAAAACUUGCAGAGCUCCUCAUGUCCCCAGUAUAGGCUGCUGAGAAUAUUCUUUUGUUGUUACACAGUCUCUAGUUUGGAGCAGCUCCAUCUCAAGCAGGCAGUGACUGUUCUUUUGUAAUGUGCGUCUUGAGAAGAUUUGCUGUUUGAUAAUGCAAACCUCGGUAGCCCAUCUCAUGCUCUCACCAUGUGCUUCCAAGUGAGGAAGAUGCCAGCAUCCAUUUCAAUAUGUCAGGAUGAUGGUGUGGAGGUUCUUUCUUCUCUGUA